UGUUAUGGCCACCACUACUUCCGGGUUCCAGCAUUCUGGUCCAGACCCAGCUCUCCGCCUGUGCAGCACUCACACUGGGAGCGAGCGGCAGCACUGAUCGGCAGCACUGGCGGUGAUCGGCGGGGACUCCUCUAUCCACAGCAGGAGAAGAAGAAGGAGGAUCGGCUGCUGCUGCUGCUGCUCACCCGAAAGGAGCCCGGACACUAUCACCCGGAGAUCGCCCAUCAUUCAUUCAGCACCUUGACAAGCGGCACCUAUGAUUGACAGCUCAGGUGGCGCUCGGCCAUGAGAUCUGCCCCGGCUUCAUGACACUUUUAAACUCAUUUUAAGGAGAGAAAAGAAAAAAAAAGGAGAAUAAUUUUAUUUUUCUUCUUCUGCUCUGGGAAAGAAAAAGUGUGAGAGUCUGAAUGAGUCUUCUGUGUGAACUCUGGGAAGUCGGCAGAAGGAUUUAACCUCGUGUGUCUGUAUCCCUGGAGGAGUUAUAGGUUGUCAUCCACACUGGCCUUAUAUAGGAUAUAUCUGAACGACAAGUAGCCAGGAGUUAGGAAGGCCGAUGGCUCAAAGGUACGACGACUUGCCCCAUUACGGGGGGAUGGAUGGAGUAGGGAUCCCCAGUACCAUGUAUGGGGACCCCCAUGCUGCUAGGUCCAUGCAGCCAGUUCAUCAUAUGAAUCACGGUCCUCCUCUGCACUCUCACCAGUACCCGCAUACUGCCCAUACCAACGCUAUGCCCCCCAGCAUGGGCUCCUCAGUCAAUGACGCCCUCAAGAGAGAUAAAGAUGCAAUCUAUGGACACCCCCUGUUCCCUCUAUUAGCACUGAUUUUUGAGAAAUGUGAAUUAGCUACUUGUACCCCCAGAGAACCAGGGGUGGCAGGCGGUGAUGUGUGCUCCUCUGAGUCUUUCAAUGAAGACAUUGCAGUAUUCGCCAAACAGAUCCGAGCAGAAAAACCCUUGUUUUCUUCUAAUCCGGAAUUGGAUAACUUGAUGAUCCAAGCUAUACAAGUAUUAAGGUUUCAUCUAUUGGAAUUAGAAAAGGUACAUGAACUGUGCGACAAUUUCUGCCAUCGGUAUAUUAGUUGUCUGAAAGGUAAAAUGCCCAUAGACCUGGUGAUCGAGGACAGGGACGGUGGAUCCAAGUCAGACAGUGAAGACAUGACCAGACCAGCAAACCUAACAGAUCAGCCGUCCUGGAGCAGAGACCACGACGACACGGCGUCGACUCGUUCUGGGGGUACACCAGGACCUUCCAGCGGGGGGCAUACGUCGCAUAGUGGAGACAACAGCAGUGAACAAGGAGAUGGUUUGGACAACAGUGUAGCCUCACCAAGCACAGGGGAUGACGACGACCCAGACAAAGAUAAAAAACGUCAUAAAAAACGUGGUAUUUUUCCUAAAGUAGCCACAAACAUCAUGAGGGCAUGGCUCUUCCAACAUCUAACGCACCCCUACCCCUCAGAAGAACAGAAAAAACAGUUGGCACAAGACACAGGUCUCACCAUACUUCAAGUGAACAAUUGGUUUAUAAAUGCUAGAAGAAGAAUAGUCCAGCCUAUGAUAGACCAGUCCAAUCGAGCAGUAAGUCAAGGAACACCUUAUAAUCCAGACGGACAACCAAUGAGUGGUUUUGUAAUGGAUGGUCAGCAACACAUGGGACUCAGAGCGCCAGGACCUAUGAGUGGAAUGGGCAUGAAUAUGGGCAUGGAGGGGCAAUGGCACUACAUGUAACCAUCAACUAGUUAACCAAUGGCAAAGCAAGGGGGAAGACUGCAAGGUAUGCCAGGGAAUUACAUAUCUUCGACUGGUCCGAUGGGUAUGAGUAUGGGACAGCCAAGUUAUCCUCCAUCGCAGAUGCCCUUACACCACGCUCAGCUGCGCCAUGGGCCGUCUGUGCAUACCUACAUUCCUGGACACCAUCACCACCCAGCGAUGAUGAUGCACGGGGGACCACAUCACCCUGGAAUGCCGAUGUCAGCACCUAGCCCCUCAGUACUUAAUACAGGAGAUCCAACGAUGAGCGGGCAUGUAAUGGACAUCCAUGCUCAGUAAUUUAAGGGAAUAUGCGUUGUCUGCAAUGACAAAAAAAAAAAAGUCACAUACUGUCUUUCUGCCACAAUGGUGGUGUUCCACUCUUGGGAGUCCAUGUAGGACCAUGAUCGUUUUUUGACACAGGGACGGCCGAAAAACAAAAAAACAAACAAAAACAAAGCAGAAACAAGAUGCUGAUCAAGUUUGGGGACACAAUAAAUACAUAUAUAUAUAAGACGUUAAGAGAACAAAGAGUGAAAUAAUAUUGUAAAUGAUAUUAUACUGUUAACCAUAUUAUGUUGUUUCUUAUAGAUUUUUUUAAAAAAAAUGUGAAAUUUUUCCACACUAUGUGUGUUGUUUCCAUAGCUCUUCACUUCCUCCAGAAGCCUCCUUACUUAAAGAAAAUAAAGCCUUACAGUUACCCUGCAGAUGACGGAACGUCCUCAUUUGCAGGUCAUUUUAAAGCAUUACAAUAAGUAUGUCAGGCAGAAGAUUUUUUUUCUUCGAUCCAAGGAUUUCAGCCAUGCGCUCUUUCUCUGCAGCUUUGUCUCUCGAUUUUUUUUUUGUCUCCCUGUUUCUUUCUCUCUAGCCUGGGGCUUGAAUUUGCAUGUCUAAUUCAUUUACUCACCAUAUUUGAAUUGGCCUGAACAGAUGUAAAUCGGGAAGGAUGGGAAAACUGCAGUCAUCAACAAUGAUUAAUCAGCUGUUGCAGGCAGUGUCUUAAGGAGACUGGUAGGAUGAGGCAUGGAAACCAAAAGGCAAUGUGUAUGGAGCAUAAUUGUCACAACAGAGCAUCAGUGUCCCCAUUCAGCAGCGGCGGCAACAACCAAUGUGUGCAUAACUUCCUGUGUCAUACUGCUCAAAAGCAAGAACUGUAGAAGAUUUAUUUUUUAAUACAUUGACUUUCUUUCUCAGCAAGGCAUCAGUCAUGCAUACAUUUUUUUCCACAGUCCCAUCAUGGAACAUUUAUGUAAACAUUGUAAAUAAAUUUUGUGCAAAAAGGACUGGAAAAAAAUAACUGUAUUGUUGCAAUUCUUUUUUGUAUAAACAGAAGAUUGGUAUGAGUUGGAAUGCAGAUUGAUUUACUAGGUGGAAUAAGCUAAUUAUAUUUCUUUUUUUGUGCUAAAACAAAAUGCUUGUCAAUAUUUUUCUUUUCUAUAAAGACACAAAA